UCCGUUUCUAUAUACAUUGCUCUUUCUUUUGUUGACUCUUGUGAUUACUAUUCCAAUUACGAUUAAGCCUAGCAUGAUCGCAAAGAGCAGUGUUAGUAACCAGCAGAUUUUGUACUUUAUAGCUUUUAAUUAGUUAUUAUUAGUGUUUUUAAUUGUGUAAGAUAACAUUUAAUAGUAUGGGAUUAUUCACCUUCUUUUUGCUGGAUAAGUGCUGGCCAGAUUUUAAUAAAAGUGCUGGCCCUAUAGACUUUCUCGAAUCGCAAAUUAGCAUAGCAGGUUCAUCAUCAGAUCAUGAUGCAACACCAUUGUCAUCAGAUCAAGGUGCAACACCAUUGUCAUAUUUCAAGUAUGAUGUUUUCCUGAGCUUCAGAGGCCACACAAGACGCGAAUUCACAGACGUACUCUAUCGUGCAUUGGACAACAAAAGAAUCGAGACUUUCAGAGAUAGCGAGAAGCUCAGAAUAGGUGAGGAACUCGAAGGUGCUCUUCUAGAAGCAAUUGAAAGGUCAAGGAUGUCAAUUCUUAUACUCUGCGAUGAGUAUCCAACUUCCAAGUGGUGCCUUGAUGAACUCGUCAAGAUCAUGGAGUGUUCCGGCAACGGAACAAAGCGACCGGUGUUACCGGUCUAUUUCCGUGUGGCAAAAUCUGAUGUGCAGUUUCAGAGAAAUAAGUAUGAAACAGCCAUGGCUGAUCAUAAAAAGAAAGGAAGAAACAACCACAAGUUGGAAGCAUGGAAGUCAGCGUUGUCUGAAGUGGGCAAGAUUUAUGGUCAACGCUGUGAUCACAAAACAGCAUGGGGAGAGGCUAUUGACAACAUUGUUGAAGAGGUCACAAAAAGACUUCCUCCUUUGCCUCUGUACAUCGACCGUCCACUUGGAUGUGAUUCUGAACUUGAGGAGGCAAAAUCACUUCUAGAAAUUGGUUCUCAUGCUACCUGUUUCAUGCUGGGAAUCCAUGGAGAUGGUGAUGAAAUAAGCAAAUUUGUUGCAGAGCUGUAUAACAAGAUUAGGCCGCACUUUGAAACUGCAAGUUUUCUUUCCAAUAUCAGUGAGAAAACAAAUGAAAGUGGUGGUGGCCUAGAACAUCUACAAGAAACUCUUCUUUCUGAGAUGGGAGAGGAGGUCAGGACUAAGAUUGGAAGCACAUUCAAAGGAUCCUCUGAAAUAAAACAAAGACUAGGCCAAAAAAGAGUUCUUCUAGUUUUGGAUGAUGUUGAUAGUAUACAACAAAUGAAUUCACUAGCUAGAAGAACUGAUUGGUUUGGUCCUGGUAGUAGGAUCAUUAUAACAACAAGAUAUGAAGAUGUGCUAGAUGAUCAUAUUUUGAACAAUGGUGUUGAGGUUAAGAAAUAUUGCAUCGCCGAAGGAAGUAGUUCUACUGUGAAGGAAGAAAAUGUAGUGGGACUGGAGAAAGAUUUUGAAAUUGUGAUUAAUCAACUCAAGGAAGAAGAUUCUCUUGGGAAUGUUGUUUCCAUUGUUGGCAUGGGUGGGUUAGGCAAGACUACCCUUGCUCGAAAGAUCUACAAUAGCGAUGAGGUGAAGUUGUUAUUCCCAUGCCGUGCAUGGGCAACUGUUUCCAAGGAUUACAGUGGAAAGGAAGUUUUUAAAAGCCUUCUCAAGUGUCUGAAGCCGUCUGCAUCUAAAUUUGAAGAUUCAAGUAGUGAAGAGGAGCUAAAGCAGAAGGUGAAGAAAUGUCUGGAAGGAAAAAAGUACUUGGUAGUCCUUGAUGAUGUUUGGGACAGUAAAGCAUGGCGCACUAUAAAGAAUUGUUUCCCAGAAAACAACAAUGGUGGCAUGAUACUAGUAACUACUCGGAAUGAUCAGGUGGCCUAUGUUUCAGAGUCAAAGGAACCUCAUCACAACCUUUCCUUUAUGGAUAAAGAAAGAAGUUGGGAACUGUUUCACAAGGAGAUUUUCUGCAGAAGAAAUUGUCCUCCUGAGCUAGAAUCUAUUGGCAGAUCAAUUGUUGAAACUUGCAAGGGUUUACCAUUGGCUAUCAAAACCACUGCUGGGCUUGUUGCAAAGAGGGAGAGAUCAGAGGAUGCAUGGGAAGAAAUCAUGAAUUUACUGCCUUAUUGGAGAGUUGCUGAUGAGGAUAGUAGUGAGGAGAUGAUGGAGCUUUUGAAGUUUAGCUAUGAUGAUUUGCCCAACAAAAUGAAGCCAUGCUUUCUAUAUCUUGGGGUGUUUCCUGAAGAUGAAGAGAUUUGGGUGAGAGACUUAAUCCGUCUAUGGAUAGCAGAAGGGUUCAUAGAGCCAAUUCAAACUGGAAGAUCAAAAUCACCCCCACAACUUGAAGAUAUUGGUGAGCAAUACUUGAAGGAGCUAGUGGAUCGUAACUUGGUACAAGUGGCAAAGAGAAGGAGUGAUGGCAAAGGCGUGAAAACAUGUCAGAUCCAUGAUCUCUUCCGGGAAUUGUGCAUAUCAGAGAGCAACAAUCCUGAUAACAACAAUAACAAUGCUCGUAGACUGUCCUAUCCCGGCAACGUAGGAGCCUAUGCCAGUAUAGUAACAUGUAAUCAAUCAUGCACUUGUUCGUUGUUCAUUUAUCAAGAUGUUGAACAUGUGUGGCCACAUCAUAUUCCAGAAGAUUGCCAAGUUAAUGUGCUAUAUUUUCCAGAUUGGUUCACAGAUAUAAAUAGAACAGCAACAGAUGAGUAUUUGAAGGGGUUGGUCAAAAGCCUCAGGUUCUUGAAAACGGGCUAUGCUGAAUCAUAUGAGUUAUGUAAAUUUCAGGGUUUAGAAACAUGUGAUAUGUCCUAUGUUUACAAUGGCCUAAGUAUUGGGGGCUUUAAGAAACUGAGACAUCUUCGUAGUGAAUUUGGCGUGAGUUUAUCAGCAGAUGAAGUUGGAGUAAAUGAUAAAAUGCAGAAUCUCCAAACCUUAGGCUAUGUGUCUGCCGAUUCACAACUAGGGAGCUUACUUGACAAUGGUUGCUUUCCCAACUUGAGAAAACUGGGUUUAAAAAUAGCUGAAGAACAAGGUUCAACAGAAGAAAACUUGAGGAGACUGCACUGCCUAAGCAACCUACGUAAGCUGGUACUUAUGUUUGAAGAAUGUCGGACUCCAUUAGAUAGAAUUGCAUUUCCUUCAAAUCUUAUCAAGAUUACCUUGUCAGGUUUUAAGGAUUUGAAAUCUAAAGAUAUGAAUACAUUGGGACAAGUUCCCAACCUUCAAAUUUUUAAAGUGAGGUAUGGAAAUUGUGAGGAAGAAACUCUUAAUUGUGGUAGUGCUGGGAGCUUUCUGCGGCUUCAAGUGUUUAUCAUGGACGGUGUGAAUAUCAUACGUCUGUCAUCAGAAGAAGGUGCGAUGCCUCGUCUCCGCCGUGCGGUCUUCUAUAACUGCCCUGACUUGAAGGAGGUUACUAAACAAAUGCGUUCCUUGGGUAGAAACUUGGAGUUUAUAGAGUAUGUUGAUGAUCAUGGUUUAUCUCUUGGGUAGUAACUUGGAGUUUGCAGAAUAUGAUGAUGUUUUAUCUCUGAGGCAUUUGCUGUCAAUGUCACUGCUGCUUUCCAAAAGCAGGUAUAUAUUUCUGCUAUUUAGUUACUAUUAAAAUAUUAUUAGAGUUGUUAGUAAUUGGAAGUUAAGUCAGU